AAGAGUUUUAACCCGUUUCGUGUGUUAUCAGGAUGUUUUAUCGGCUAGCGGCAGGCCUGCUCAAGAACAGGAAAUCCCCAGCGACGUGUGCGACGAUUCAGCUGUAACGCACAAUGGACGAUGGAAGCAAAGAACGAAGAUAAAUCCGGUACCCUGUCUGAUUUUGCGUGUCCCGACAACGGUUUAAAUGCAGAACCGAAACCACAGCGCACUUGCUUUGCUCGGAAGAAGCGAACACGUACUCCCUCUUGGAAUGAGUUUCCGGCACUGAAAGCUGCCGUUGAUCAGAGCACAGAAUCGAAAAGAACGAAACAAUAGUUAGGGGCUGUUGUAUGUAAAUCCCCUGAAAGAUUGUACAAAAUGACGAAAGAAUCCGACAACCAGCUCUACCGUGGUGCACUUAAAGCGAUUGAAGCAUUUUUACUGGGAGUGAGUGUUCGUCUCCCGGAAGUAUACAGCGAUGUUGAGCGCAUAAGAACAGCGCUAAGUGAAAACAAGAAGCUGCCCAACUCUAAUCAGUUCAGCACCAACGUAAGUAAGGCCAUUUCAUCCCACGUCGAAGCAGCGGUGGAAUGUGGAAAAGCAAUGAGAUGUUUCGAAGGCAGCAAAACACUUGGAAAUGCUGAAAAGUUGCUGCAUACAAUCCUGCUCAACUGCAGACUAGUUCAGGACUGUAUUCAAGGAUUGUCCUCUGAUACCAUGGAUACACCACGAAUCGAAGAAGCCGGUACUCGCUUAGCACAUGUAGGCCAAGGAGCGCACCUAGCCCACGUGCUGUUGGUGGAAGUAACGGAGCUUGCGAUGGCGUCCAAUGCUUACUAUCUGGGUGGACGCCAGCUGGUGGUCCCACCAGCCCCCAAAGGAUUGGCAGACGAUAUGACGAUGUAUUGUGCGUUGAUUACUUCCGAAUAUGGCAAAGCUAAUGAAAGAGGAUCAAAGUUUGACCUCUCGUGGCCUAGGUUUGAAUUGCCAGGCGGAGAGAUCAAUGUCGGGCUACUCCAAUCGCCGGAAUAGUCUCUCUCUUAUCGUAACUAAGCCUUGAAAGUUGCUUACACUACUCUUUUGUAUAUAACGCUAAGAUAAUAUUGACUUAAAAGAACGAUUUGAGGUAA